CCAAGUGUUGGGUUUCAUGUCUCGGAGGCGGAGCGUGUGAAGGCUCCAGACUGCAGGAGCACAGCAGCACACAGCUGAGCCGUGCUCCGCCAGCCUCCAUCAGCCUCCGUCAGCCUCCACACGUCUCGUCUUGUGUCAGUUUGUGCGCGCACCACCUCUCCCAGGCUUUUAUAUCCGCUGCCAGCCGUGCGAAAAAAGAUGCACCUCGUCAUGACGCUCCUUCGGAUUGUUGCUGUGUUUUUCCUGCCAGGAGCAUGGGGUCAGAGCGGCGGCAGCACACUUGGUGUGGCGGUGGAGGCCAAGAACAUCACGCUCCCUGCAGGGUCUAAGGCCGUUCUGCCCUGCCAAAGCCCCCGCAUAGUGUGGACACAGGACAGACUGAAAGACCGUCAGAGGGUGGUGCACUGGGACUUGGUGCGCAGCAGCCCAGAGAACUCUGUGGAGCGAGUCCUGGACAUGUCCGCCGGAGCCCAUCAGAGGCUCUACAAUGGCUUCAACAAGGGACGAAUUUCCAUCCCAGACUCUGCUUUCAAUGAUGGCAACUUCUCUCUCAUCAUCGACAAUGUGGUCUCGACUGACAAAGGGGUUUACACUUGUAAUCUGCACCAUCACUAUUGCAAGAUUCACCAGUCCAUUAAAAUCCAACUCAACGUCACUAAGUCAGUUCGAAAAGAGAAACGUUACUGGGAUGGAGAGAAGACCGUGUUUGUUGUCUUGUUGGGCACGUCAGUGGUAUUACCUUGUGUGAACCGGCGCUCUCUGUGGAGAGAAGGCCUUCAGGAGGACCAGCAGCAGGUUGCUCACUGGGACUUCCAGCCCCCUGGAGUGCGUCCUGAUAGGGCUGACCGUCUGGUGGAACUCUAUGCUUCCGGAGAGCGCCGGGAUUAUGGACCACGCUUUGCACAGAGCAAGAUGAGCGUGGAGGAGGAUGCUUUCACAUUAGGGGACUUCUCACUCUCCAUUGCUGGCUUGAGGCCUGCUGAUAAAGGCCUGUACUCCUGCCACCUGCAUCACCACUACUGUGGUCUGUAUGAGAGACGCACCUUCCGGCUCACUGUGGGACCUCCACUUCCAUCCGCCUCCACUACAGCACCAAGAAUUUUAAAGAAUGAUGUGCCAGAGCCAAGAACUGAAGUGGUGGAGGGUCCACGCGUGGUGAAUGUCAUCCUCCCUGAGCAGCGAGGUUAUUUCGUGCAGCAUUUGGGCUACUUCCUGGCAACGUUCUUACUGCUGGCGUUAAUCGUUGUCGUUGUCAUUGUGCUUACUCGGCGACACAAGAAUAGAGGUCCGGAGUAUGACCUGCGUCGAUCUGAUCGGGUGACUGUGAUCAGUGGGGGUGAAAUGUCAUUAGACUGCACAGAGCUGAGGCCCUGUAACCAAGACCGUCUCAAUUCAGACCACAAAAACAACCUACUGAAAGAGAGAGAUAUGACCAAAGACUGCAAUAGGGACUUUGAUGGGAAGCUGUGGAAGUGAGUGAUAUUUCUGCUUGUGAUGCCGCUGGCAGGUCCAGGGCAAACCCCGGAACUAUAAAGGACCGUAGAGAGAAGGGAACAAAAGAAGAAUCCGAGGAGGGGACGGGAGGAAUGCUCCCUCUGCUGUAACUCUAACACACUAAGCUUUUAUGCUUAAAAAAAGUUUUUACAUGUCACUUUUUAUAUAACUUGCAUUUUCACCAGCUGUUGUAACAAUAUGGUUAAACAUCUAUUUGUUCCUUACUCUUUGCAUUCAUUAGUUGGUUUAUGUUGAAUAAUUUUGUUUUAUCAUCCUUUAAAAGAAAAUGAAAUUACAAAAAUGCAUGUUCAUUUAAGUAUGUUUUAUGUGUACUUUGCAUGCUUACAGAGCUGCAAGCGCUUACAGCUUUUCCAAUCCUAAGAUUUAAUAAUUCUCUUUUUUUGCACCAUACCAUACCAUUUUACCAUACUGUAAUUUGUAAAGGUGUUUCAUCAUGUUUCAAAGGUAAAGUUACUGUAGGUAGAUGGUUUCAGACAGUGUUUGGAAAAAAGUGCCACACAUAGCUAUAUAUAAUAGGACAUUUUGAACGGACUAUGUUGCUUUCUUUGUUUCCUUUCUUUUUUUAUUAUUUUAAUUUCAUUUACAAAACUCUGGGCAGUGGGUUUGAUUUAAUUUAGAAAUUCAGACUGUCAGACUUAAAUUCUUCUCCAAAUAAUAUUUUUCCCCAAAUGGAUAUAUUUGUUCAUUGAUAACUUAUCAAGUGAAAGAUGGUGACAUUGUAGGACCAUGGACUAAAGGCUCAGUCCAAAGCAACUCAGGUUAAAAAAAAAAAUCUUAAUGUAUAAAGUAUCCUGGUUUGCAAAACACUGAAUUUUCCUUGUUAAUCUGCUGGUCAAUGCUACAGGUACAAAUCUGUUCUAAAACAUGCGUCUCUAUGAGGUUUACUGCAGGAAAAAGGGUGCCUACUAUCUCAUUAAUGCUAAAUCACAAACUGUAACCAUUCUUUUAACCCAUUUUGGUCUUUGAGGUACCUUGAUUAUUCAUGAACCUUCUCCAGCUUGUUCGGUGUUGGGCGUUCUUCUCUGCUUCCUACCAGGAUCAAUUUAUUUCAGUAAAAUCUGCAUCCAGAGACCUUUUCCCGAAAGUUGUAAUCAUAACCUCUUUUUUUUCUUUUCUGCUCUUGCUCGCACUCUGUUUGUCUCUUCUAAGAAAAGAUGUGUUCUAUUAAAGAUUCCCAGUAGUGGC